AUGAGAGGACCCAAGAGCACUGCUACUAUUGCUCAAAAGAAGACAAUGAAGAAGACGAAGGCCGCGGAUAAGAGCAUAGGGAAGAAGGACAAAACAUCAAGUAAAAAUUCCGGUGCUCCUAAGCGGCCUCCGACUGCUUUCUUCGUCUUCAUGGAGGAAUUUAGGAAAGAAUACAAGGAGAAUUUUCCGAACAACAAAUCUGUGUCGGUUGUUGCAAAGGAGGGCGGAGUUAAGUGGAAGUCGAUGUCCAACUCCGAGAAAGCUCCUUAUGUGGCGAAGGCCGCAACUAAGAAAGCAGAGUACGGGAUUGCUAUGAAACAGCACAACGACGAUCUGAAUGGAACCGCGAAGGAGAAGUCUGCAUCAACGUCAAAAUCGUCCUCAGAUACUCACGAUGAUGUGGAACAGGAAGCUAGCUCUUAGAUUGAUGAUGUUCCUGUGCUAUCUACUCCAUGGGAAGAAAGUAGUGAAGCAGAUCUAUUAGGUAGAA